GUGUGACAAGUGUGUGUGUGUGGGUGUGUGACAAGUGCGUGUGUGUGUGCGAACGGUGCGUGUGUGCGACAUAGGCGUGUGCCACAGAGGCGCGCGCAUGUGCGACAUAGGUGCGUAGUGCGCGCGCGUGAGCCACACGUGCGUGUGUACCCACGUGUGUGUGUGUACACGUGUGUGUGUGUGUACACGUGUGCGUUCGUGUGUGCUCAACGGCAGAGGUCGCGUUCAUUGCGCGACAAAUGCGUGGCGAGAGAGAGGAAGAGGAGGAGAGUCGGGCAGGACGGAGAGCGGAGACUGACGCCACAACAUCAUCAACCUCAUCAGCAGCAGCAGCGGCAUCAUCACCACCUCGUCACGUGACUGACACCACUGCCACUGUAUAUCUCCUGACAUCAUCAUCAGCAGCGGCGGCGGCAGCGUCGUCAUUGCUAUUACGUACAGACACCGUUACACCAUCACCUCCCCACUGAAUUCGCUGUUCACCUCGUCACAUUUUCAUCGUCACCUCGUCAUCGCCACAUCGUUCACGCGACUCAUCCUUACACCUCCCCCCCCCCCGACGUCGUCAUCGGAAUCAUCACCGCGCGAGACACCUCGUCGUCCAGCCGUCACGCAGCAAGCCCCCCUUUUAACUUCGUCGUCACAUCACCUCGUCGCUUCGCGCUCACCUCGUCACUUUCAUAACCAUCGUCGCGCCGCGACUGACCUCAAAUUGCGACCUCGUCACGAACGCCGUCGCCAACCUCCUUCGACUGCCAGCCAGCGUUGUUUGCGGCGUGCGUCGUUCAUUCACUUCCACCUCGUUACUGACGCAGCUCGCUAUAACAUCAUCUGCAUCACCUCGUCGCAAGCCACCGUCGUCGCACCGAUCGUUGUCGCAAGCAUCGUUGUCAUAUUAUAGACAUCGUCAUCUUUGCACUGUCCCGUUAUAUAUUUUUUUCUUUCCACCUACACCCCCCCCCCACACAAAUCUCAACUACCUCGUCACGUAAACUAAUCAACAUUUGACAUCGCAAUACGUUGCCAUCACCUCCACCACCCUCGUUAUUUAUUCUGAACGUCGUCAUGAUCUGAUGCGAUUAUUUGUUACCACCUCUUCACACCGUCGCAAGCAUUAUCCCAUCUAACGUCAUCAUCAUCACCUCGUCACUCGGCAUCACCAACCACCACCUCAACAUCAAUUGUCACCUGUCCAUCACAACCAUAACCCCGACAUCACAAUUUGUAUCGCCAUUAUCAUCAUGACCACCUCGUCACUUUCACCUCAUCGUCACCUCGUCACACACUCGACUACUCGCAUCAUCAUCAUAAUGAUUACCACCUUGAUGUCAACACAAACGUAAACAAAAAAAACCUAACCAUCAAUUCCCCUGACAUCGUCACCUAAUCUCAUAAUCACCUCAUCGCCACCUCAUCACCACCUCAUCACCACCUCAUCGCGUGACAAACGCGAUCACUAGCACCUGACAUAAUACGCAUCUGGAAGAAUAAGAAUAAUAAAAAAUUACCUCAUUACUGAAGCAUCACCUCGUCACUUCGGCCGUAAAACUUCAUCGCGUGAUUAAACAUCGCAGUCUUGACACGCAAAAAAAUAUUACCAACAUCUCGUGGCAUCGUCAGCUCGUGAAAUCACCAUCAUCAAUCAUCAUCAUCGUCAGCAACAUUGUCACGGCAUGAGCAUCUCCUGAUUCCAUCCCCUCGUUCCUCAAGCAUCAUCACCUCGUCACGGAAUCACUACGGGGCAACCCGACAUCGUCACUCCCCUUUUGUCGUUCUCGCAACGUCGCUUUUUAACAUCGUCGUGAACCUCGUCACGUCACUCGUCACAUCACGGCCACCUCCGACGUCAAUGCCACCUCCUCACUCGCGCCUCCGCAUCAUCGUCACCUCGUCGCCUCAACUUUCCCCCUCCGGCGUCAAAAAACCGCAACCGUCGUCACCUCGUCAGCCCACCUCAUCAAAACAUCGUUCGCCCCCUCGUCGCCUAACCUCGUCACAAUUGCUCCUGGUCCAGGUCUCGCCUCUUCAGACAGGUCAUCUCCACGUGUCCGCAGCCGUCGUUCGUCACACGAGACGCAAGGCGACUCACCACCUCGUCAUUGGCACACCUCAUCUGCCGAUAGCACACCUCAAACUGCCUCCUCCUCACCUGGCACCGUCAUUAAUAAAUCUCUGCUGACACCAUCAUCACCUCGUUUAAAGUCAGGGAAAAGAGAGAGCAAGAGAGACGCAUAACAAAGAAAGAGUGAAGAGGUGGAGGAAGCGAGGAGAGUAGCCCAGCAGGAGGAGGUGAAUUAGGGGGAGGGCAAUACGAAUAGAAAGAGGUAGUAGACGAGGUUAAAGAGGAGGAAAGAGGUGUAAAAGAAUUAGGAGUUGAAAAUAAGUGAAGAGGAGUGGAGGAAUUUAAGAGGAGCUGGGGCACCACGUGACGAGGAGGAGGCGAGGAAAAGGUGAUAGGAAGAGUAUAUGAAGAGGUGAUGGUGAGGAAGAGUUAUAUGAAGAGGAAUCCAAAAGCUGAGGUGAAGAGACGAGGUGUUGAGGAAUAUGUGGGGAGGAGGUGGUGAGUUUCGGUAGAGGGAGAAUUUGUAAAGGAGGAAGGGCUGAGGGGGGAAAACGACGAGGUGAGGAAGACGAGGUGAGGGCGAGCCCGUCGCAUGGACAAGCGGCUAUGGAGCUCUCUGCAGUGGGGGAACGCGUGUUCGCGGUGGAGAGCAUCAAGAAAAAGAGAAUUCGCAAGGGGAAGGCCGAGUACCUGGUCAAAUGGAAGGGCUGGUCCUCCAAGCACAACAGCUGGGAGCCCGAGGAGAAUCUGUUGGACCCACGACUUCUCCUGGCAUUCGAGAGGAUUCAGCAGGAGAAGUCUGCCAUGGGGAGACGUGGAAGGCGACGCGGACGCCCGCGCAAGGACCCGGAGGGGUUCCCCGCGGGUCUCUCCGGGCGCCUGCGAGCCGCUCACUCUGCCGCCCUUCCCACGGCGUCGCCGGCCCCCCCUCCACCCCACGGCCCGGGUGGGGGGGCUGGGCCUCCCCACCACCCUGAUGCCUUCAGACACAAGGCAGUGUACAAGGUUCGCCGUCUGGUCCCGCCGCGCGGCGGCGGCGGCAGCGCCGCGUCGCGCUCGCACCUCGAGCUGCAGCUGCAGCGGCAGCAUCAGCGCAACGAGGUGCGCGCCCUGCAGCUGUUCUCCAUCGCCAACGGCGCCACGCGCAAGAUGGGGCGCAAGCUCAAGCGCCUGCAGCAGCAGCAUCAGCACAGGCAGCAGCAGCAGCAACAGAGGCACCAGCCGCACUGUCUGCAGCAGCAGCUCCACCACCGCUCUCCGGCGCUGCGGCCGCUGGGCGGAGUCGCCGUCACGGCGAGCUCGGUGGAGCCGGACCCACGGCCGGUGCCGGCGGUGGCGGCGGCGCGGUCGUCGCCGCCGGCCAUGGGGUCGGGCGGUCGGGGCGACGCCGGUCCCAGGAUGCACGGCGGCCGGACUACGGCGGUGCCGCCCGUUGGAGUCGGCGCCGCCGCCACUGCCGCUGCCGGCGGCGGCGGCGGCGGCGGCGGAGUCGGCGGCGGGGCUGGCGCCGGGUACUUUGCGCGGCGCGAGCGCCCCCGGGCUCGGCCCGGCCGGCAACCGCUGGCGCCGGCGCCGGACGACGACGACCGCGAGGACGACGACGAGGACUGCGAGGACGACGACGACGACGACGAGGCGGACAGCAGCUGCGCCGACGGGAGGGAGGCGGGCGAGGUGGAUGAGGCGGGGCCCCGGCCGGGGGGCGCCAUGACGCAGCCGCUGGCAGCGGGGGCAGGGGGUGGCGGAGCGCUGUGCGGCCGCGUGGGCCCCCCGCUGCGGCUGGGGAGUGCCGCAGCGCUGGCGCCCGAGUGGAAGCCCAAGGCCUUCCUGGCGCAGCACGUCAUGGUGACGGACGUGACGGCGAACCUGCUCACGGUCACCGUCAAGGAGAGCAGCUCCAGCGUCGGCUUCUUCGCCGGCCCACGGGGGGCAGCGCUGUGACUGAACGUUCGGUUUUUUUUGGGGGGGGGGUGGGAGGGAGGAGC